ACAAUCAGGCGUCGUCAAAGUUGUCAGUUGCCAAAAUGAAACCAAGGACGAAGAUGCCUAACAAAAAAGUGCCAAGAAGGCCACCACCAAAGGAACGGUUGGAUAACCCCAACUCGCUUUUAUACCAUCCUCAAUUUGAAAAGCUUGUUGGCGAGGACUGCUUGAUAACCUUAAAAUGCAGCAUAUGCCUGGAUUUCUACAACGACCCGACAGUAUUGCCGUGUGGGCAUACAUUCUGCAGCAAAUGUUUGAUGUCAAUGGCAGCCCAUGUGAGACUGAACCAGCGCGCGCUCGAGCCGAGCGAGCAGUACAUCGGCUGCCCGGAGUGUCGCGAGGCAGUGUACAUCAGCAACCUCGCCAACAGGGAGACAACUCUCAACUACCCCAUCCAGCAGAUCAUCGAGAGCAUGAUGAGGAAGGAGAACGGCCACGGCGGACAAAUCAUUUCUAAACCCGAGAUGGUUGAUGCAAGCACAAGCUACGACAAGGCAGACUUCGAGCAGGCGCUCCAGGUCGAGGAGACUCGCGAGCGGGAGCAAGUCAUCCAGGCCUUCAACAAGGAGAUGGACGGCUUCGAACGCGCUCUGUCCGGCAGCAGCAGCAUCCUCAACGACGCCUUCCUCGACAUCGAGAGGAUCCGCGUCGACCAUCUGGACAGAUUGAGGAAAGACGAAGAGGCCGCGGCCAAGGCUCGAGCUGAGAAGAAAUACGGCGGGAAAACACAAGACGUGACUGACCUCCCACCGAUGAUCACCGCCCCGGCGGCCAUGUUGGAUCCCGCCAUCGUCUCCUACUCCAUGCGGCAUCAUCGCCCUCCGCCUCUCUUCCACGACUUCAUCCGGCGCCCUGCAGUGCCGGUCUAUCUGUAGAUGUUCAUACCGAUAGUUAAUAGGACGGAUAUUAGGUUAACGAAACGUUUAUGCGAAUACGGAUGAGGGACUUUUUUCAAACUGUUUUAGGGGUUCACGGGAUAUGAAUUGAUGUUACGGUCAGAUAUGAGGAUAGUUUACAUGUAUGUUAGUGGUUUUUGUGUUACACUAGCACUGAUCAAGCUUUGAUACUCAACGGUAUUGAUUUAUAUAUGGUGGAUAUAAGUAAGAUCCAAAGAUUCGUCAUUUCAUAAUUAUUGUUAGGAAUAUAGUGCAGCUACACAGUGUAUUUUUAGAUACAUUUAUUACAUUCUGUGUUUAAUGUGUGUCACGUGCAAGUGGUGUGUUCACUGUAUUGUGUCAGUCAUGUAGAUAUGCGUACCAACUUUUUUUCUAGUACUUUACAAGACAAGCUAUAGAUAUUUACACAUAUUCAUAGAAAUGUAUAAAAUCACAUCCGAAUUUUAUAGGAAAUAUAUUCAAAUGGAAUUUUGACAAUUUUGACAGAAUCAUCGUCAAAAAUGACAUAUGAUUGUUUCCAUUUUCAUUUUAUUCAAGCUUGUCAGGUCACCUUACUAUCAUGAUUUUAAAAAAUCACACAAGGAAUGAAACCCAAUACGGUUUAUGGUAAUUAAAUGCUUUUUUGAAAUUAAUCAUAAAAAUAACCUUCGCUGCAUAUAUAAAUUGGCCUUUUAAAAUUUAAAAAGUGAUCCUCGUGUAAAAAAUACAAAUCGAUAGGAUCAGUGACAAGUUAUAAAAUUCAUAUUUACAACACACUUUAAGAUAUUCUGCAAGAUCCUCAGGGGUAAAAUAUAUGUACAAAAAUUACUCAUGCUUCACUGCAUUUGACGAUUUCGUUGAUUUUUGCAUCCGUAUUGUAAAAAUAAGAAAAUAAAGUUUUAUUGUUUUUAUUUCA